AUGAAAAUAGACAAGUUCCCCUCCUCGGCCGCCUUCGACGCCAUCAGCCAGGCCCUCUCGGCCAGCGACGCCGACCGCAAGGACGCCAUCCAGCAGGGCAACGCCGUCUUCGCGUUCACCCUCAAGAACAAGGCCGGCGAGACCGAGAGCUGGCAUAUCGACCUCAAGGAUACGGGCAAGGUCGGCACCGGCAGCGGCGGCAAGCCUACGGUCACCCUCUCCCUCUCCGACGAAGACUUCGGCAAGCUCGUCGUCGGUGAUGCCAACGCCCAGCGCCUCUUCAUGUCGGGCAAGCUCAAGAUCAAGGGCGACAUCAUGAAGGCCACCAAGCUCGACCCCAUCAUGAAGAAGGCCCAGACAAAGUCCAAGCUGUGA